UGCAACACCAUUUAGUUAUUGCACUCUCUGAAUAACACUUGUGUUACGUUUGGUAGUGUACGUUAUGUAAUAAUAUCAUUCCUUGCGUAAUUACUUAUUACUAAUAAUUCCUAAAAAUCAACCGACGAAGCUAAAAAAAGAAGCAAGCAAAAAAUAAAAGAAGAAAACACCGAACCAACUGUCUCUGAAUUCAAUCUACAAGCAACGCAAAACUACAUCUCGUGUAACGAAUUAUUUCGACCAUCCAGUACCAACAACAAGAUUCAAACGAGGAAAAACGCCGUAUGUACGUAUACGUUUCGCCGGUUUUCUUAAAACUAAGUUCGACGCACCACGCCAGCAGCCAGCAGCAGAGUUAGUGAUUGUGUGUGCGCGAGUGUGUGUUGUGUGUGUGUGCGCGCCGUUAGUGUGGUGGACCCGAAGUCGAGCAGCAGCAGCCUGAUUCCAGUUUGCGUUGCACGCCAUCCCGAAAAGUCACCCCCGUGGGUUGAACGAGACACCAACGACGCCGCCAGCACCACCACCACAGUGCCGCAGAUAUACGCGCGCGCGCUACUUUUUUCCAAAACUUCUCUCUAUUUGUACGUGUUGUAUUCGCGUAGCAAGUCAAAUCCUAAAUAUCUAUACUCCUAGCUAGGCAUCGAACAAUUUUGCAAUACAUUUUUCAAACAAAUCGACCCGAAAUACGUAAACAGUGAAGCAACACCAUUUGGAAGCACUCCAGAGCGCAGGAGAUUUUAAGAAGAUUUAAGUUAAUCUUCUCGUCACGGAAGCGCACGCUUCUAACACCACGUCGUUCAAACUGAAGCUUGACGAAGUCACCACCAGCAUGAUGUCGAACGGGCUGGACGCAGGCGUCGUGGGCCAGCAGAACGGCGGCAAUAAUGGCCAGAGUGGCGGCGGUGGCGGUGGCGGCGGCGGUGGCCAAGAGGAAUCCAAGACCAAUUUGAUCGUCAACUACCUGCCGCAGACGAUGACGCAGGAGGAGAUUCGCUCGCUGUUUUCCAGCAUCGGCGAGGUGGAGAGCUGCAAAUUGAUUCGCGAUAAAGUCACAGUUCCGCUCGGAGAAUUGAGUAGUCCGUUGGUUACAGGGCAAAGCUUGGGCUACGGAUUCGUUAAUUACCAUCGCCCAGAAGACGCCGAAAAGGCGAUUAAUACCUUAAACGGUCUCAGACUGCAAAACAAAACUAUCAAGGUGUCGUACGCCAGGCCUAGCUCGGAGGCGAUCAAGGGCGCCAAUCUGUACGUGUCCGGCCUGCCGAAGAACAUGGCGCAGCAGGACCUCGAGUCGCUCUUCAGCCCCUUCGGCCGCAUCAUCACCUCGCGCAUCCUCUGCGACAACAUCACAGUACGUCAAUUUGUCACGGGGGCCGGAGAGAAUUUGCCUGGUCUUUCCAAAGGAGUCGGAUUUAUUCGCUUCGACCAGCGCAUGGAGGCGGAGCGCGCCAUCCAGGAGCUCAACGGGACCAUUCCGAAGGGCUCGACUGAACCCAUCACCGUCAAGUUCGCCAAUAAUCCGAGCAACAACAACAAAGCCAUCCCGCCGCUUGCUGCUUAUCUUGCGCCGCAGGCCACACGACGGUUUCCUGGACCUAUUCAUCAUCCAACAGGACGUUUCAGGUAUUAUUUUAUCUUCAUCUCUAUGUUUUUGUGUGUGAAUUGUGUUGUAAUUUGUGUUUAUGAUGAUUGUAGGUAUUCUCCGCUGGCCGGAGACCUCUUGGCCAAUUCAAUGCUGCCGGGCAACGCGAUGAACGGCUCCGGCUGGUGUAUAUUCGUCUAUAACCUAGCGCCGGAGACCGAGGAGAAUGUGCUGUGGCAACUGUUUGGGCCAUUCGGCGCCGUGCAGAGCGUGAAGGUGAUCCGCGACCUGCAGACGAACAAGUGCAAGGGCUUCGGCUUCGUGACGAUGACAAACUACGACGAAGCGGUGGUGGCCAUCCAGUCGCUCAACGGCUACACGCUCGGCAACCGCGUGCUGCAGGUCAGCUUCAAGACCAACAAGAGCAAGACGACAUAGACGCCCGCGCGGCCGCCACGCCCCGCGCCCGGCCGCCCGUCUCGCGCCGCCUCCCGCUCUAGUAUUUAAUUUUAACUUAUUACUCUCACUCUGUCUGACCGACCACCACCAAACUACUAACAACAACAACAGCAACAACUCUUGAUGAUACGCAACGUAAGUGAUUCUGAUCUGUUGGAUGAUGAGGAGAUUGCAAAUGGGAGGACAGCGGAUGACGCGGGCGUGCUGGGCCACACAACCCCAUCACACCCCCCAACUCUCUCUCUCUCUCUCUCAUACACACAUAUACACACACUGCGAAUAACGGCAAACCUCAUAGAGGCUUGAUGUACUUAUGUAAUAAAUUCGAUGCUAGUCACGAAGAGACGCGAGGCAGGAAUCGCGUUCCUCACAUAGCAAAAAUUCAUAAUAAUAGACAAAUAUGACGAUUACGAUGAGAUUACAGAACGAAGCGGUUGACACAAUAUGCAACCGGAUACCAAAUAACGAAUGCAGCAGUAGUAGAAUGGGCAAAAGCCCGAGGGAAGAACGAUCUGUACAGACUAAAUAUUCGUGCCAUCGCCCCACCAAGGGGCCCAAACAUGAAGUAAAGCGAACCCAAAGAUAGCUUACAGAUUUUUGCAUAUAGUAAAUUAUAAUUAUAGUAUUUAUUCACAACCCUCUUUUCCGUAAUGUGUUUCAUUUGAUUUUUGAGUUCUCUAGUAUUCGAUUAAUUUUACUUUUAAACUUAUAUUUAUAUGUACGUGUUUUGUGUAUUUAUAAUAUGCAUAUAUCGCUAGUCUCACGGGCGGCGCCGAGGCGGCGUCGCUCGGCCACGCGCUGCCGCCGCCACCGCGAGUGAAACUCGGCUGUGCGCGCGCGCGCGCGCGCUGGCAAAAGAAUUUUCUUGUGUGUUUUGUGUUUGUUCAGUUACACGAAUAUUAAAUUUAUUUCUAACCACCGACACAGUUAGGCUACUCGUAACUUUUUCAAAAUUUGAAAAUGUCCAAGACAAAGAAUAUAUAUAGAUAUAUAUAUUAUACCUAGAAGAGGCGUGAGAAGGAAGACGUAUUCGUAAGUGCGAGCCACGACACUAUUUAAUUUAUGAAUCAUCUCACUGAGAAUCAUUAAUAAUUUAUAUUUCUACACACAUACACACACACACAUAUAUUUAACUGCGACCCGAUAGACAACAAUCUCCGAUUUAUUUUUGGUAUAGAUUUGGUUUGAUUUAUUUCUAAUUUAUAUUAUGAUUUUGUUUCAUUUUUGCGCUCUAUGCAACUCCUUUUUUUAUUAUAUGAUUUUGUUUGUAUUUUCAUUUGCUCUUCAUUUCGAGAAGUCAUCAAUUUCUUAGUUUAUAAAAGGGUUUAUUUUCUGACCGAUUCUGAACAACUAAUUUCGAAUUAUACUUGUAAAAAACGUUUCGUUGUGUUUUUUAUUUUCUAUAUGAUUUCUUUGUGUUGGUGUUUCUGUUUUGUUUUUAUGUUUUAGUUUUGUGUUUCUCUCGCGCGAUCGAAGCGUUGAUUGCUUCCUCAGCGUAUUGUGGCAAUACUCUUUAGUGCAAUACACGUGACAUGACAAACAAAAUGGACGCUGAGGGAGCAGCACCGGCCGCUGAACAAAACCCUUGAUAAAUGAAAACCAAGCUAAACGAGAAGUAACCAACCGACUUCCACUGAAGAAUAACUAUUUUUUAUAAGAGACCAUGUACCUUUUAACACUAAAAACGCUAAUGAAAAGGAACAACAUAGAUUAUACGUACUAAACCAAAUGGCUACGAAAACAAAGAAACCGCAAACAGUCGCGCAGCUUUUAUACACGCGACUCUUAUUAAAUACUUGAAGUGAAAAGUGAAACGCACAGGGUGGAUUCAAGUGACGAAUUCAAGCCCACAAAAGGAAACCGAUAGCAGCUGAGGAGAAUACGUGUACAUGUACAUAGAGAUGAAAAGUUUAGACACACUCACACCGAGCCCGAAUUGCAUUGAUAGCGAAAUUUCAGAGAUUUAUUGUUGCGCGAUGAGAAGGACGACAGACAGGUAUUUUUAGGAACGUGGCGCACCACAACGUUAUUAACGCCCCCCCAGGUGCAUCUCCGCCUGUGAUAGAUAGAAAAAAAGCCGCGGAGAUUUCAUUUUCAGACGGCGCAGAGAUAUUACACAAUCAAGAUGUAAACAACUUAAGAAAACACCAAACACACACUAAUUGCGAACAACUAACCAACUUACAAAACGCAGACGAGCGAAACCCGAACAAACAAAAAACGAUAGAACAAUUAAUAGGACAAAUGAAUGCAAAUUAUAUAUAAAUAUAAAAUUUUACCAAAAAAAAAACACUAAACCAAAAACAAUUUUGAAGAGAUGCAAGAGUAUUGACGAGUAUUGAGAUAAAUGGAAAUUUAAAAUACUAACAUAUAUUAAUAGCGUAUACAUUGAAUAAUUAUUAUAGACGUAUUUAGACAAAUGUAUUUAAAGCAUUUAAAUUUUUCGUAUUUGAAUUUUACCUCUCUUAUUACAUUACGGAGUAAAGAAAAAAAAAUGAACAAAACAAAAACAUCACAAGACAUUUUUACACACGACAUCUCUCACUCUCUUCGUAAUUCGUAAAUGAUUCAAAGUCCGAACUGGUUUGCGAGUUUUUCUCAAAAUGUUUCAUUUGCUACACAACCACAAGUUCACACACACAGCAGACACACAUUGACUUCGGGAGUGUUUUUUCGAGGACGCGUUGCAUCGCGAUGUGAAAAUGCUUUAACAUUUUAAACCCUCACCGUGAAAAUAUUUGUAAAGUUGAUGAACUGACGAUGAGACACUGCGCGAUCUGCCAAUAGUUGUAAAUAUUUCGCGAUGCAACGCGUUGCGGAUUGAUUGAAGGAUGAUGAUGAUGGCGAAGACAAAAUGGAGCACAAAUCUAGCACUAGUAUUGUUAUUAAAGAUAUCCACGGAUAUUUGACAGGGAGGGAUGAACAUACGAAUGCCGGCGGCAUUAUUUUUGGCCUAAAGUGAAACUCUUGUAGACUAUAAAUGUAUUAAUCAACCACACACUGAACAACGAUAUUCAAAUUGAUAUAUAGCGAUUAUAUGAAGCGAAAUGUUUCAAAACGGGCGCAAAAUGAUGAUGAACAAAAGGUAUGACAAGCAGCAGCAAAAUGCAGCAACAACAGCGGUUUUCGUUUGGUUUUCGAUUAGCUACACGCGUUUUUUGUUUCGCGCAGCACUCACACACAAUAACUCGUGAUUUUGCUUGAUCUUUUCCACACCACCACCCCGCACCCCCUACCAUCGUACACACACACACACAUUCAACACGAUUUUUUAAAACAGUGACAGUGAACACACAUACCUACAACAAAACAAAUAUUACGUAUCACUAAAAAAAAAACUCUCUCUUUAAAACGAGACUUAACUCUUUGUGUGUUGUGUAGACCUCUUAGUAUAAGUGUAAUAUAGUCAUAUUCCUAUCGGUUACUUUCUCUAAGUGUGUAGCUGUUGUGUUGCGAGACAAAGCUCCAGACGCACGCGCGGUGUGAUGCACACAUAAUUGAGCGCUAUUAAAAUGGCGUCGGGCGGAAGUAAAUGAAUGGAAAAAAAACGAGGCGAGUGACUGGAGCGUUGUCUCUCCCGGACGCGGCCAUGCGCACGCGUCCAGCCCGACGGAAGUACCCGUCGGGCCAUAGCUCAAAUAUUGUUGUGACGAGAUGCAUUCCAUUUAUUAAACCAAAAAAGUGAAGAAGCGGAAGUGAAGCAAACCACUGAUAUUCUAUAUACAUAUUUAUAUCUUCAUCCGAGACUAUGCGCUAUGAGGAAAAGCCCAUUAAGAAACAUAUAUCUAUCUGUUUUCAUAAAUGAUAAUGGUGGUUAUUAUUAUAUAUAAACGAGUGCAAAAGUUAUAUGUACAGAGGUUAUAAUUAUUAGGAAGUACAGUACCUCAUAAAACUGUAAUUCAUGCAAUAACUUAUUAUAAGAAAGUUCUUAUUACAAUAUACAUACCUUAGCUUUUAGCGUAAGUGGCAAAAGGAAACAAAAACCAUGCAAAAAAACAACAACAACAAAAACGAACUUACCCACCAAAGAAAUGGCGAACGACGACACACGUGACGACAACGAUGAUGUUGGGAGUGUCGCAUGCGGAGCGCAGACAAAUUGAUCACGGCGACACUUCCACGUUUUGAUCCUUUUUAUUUUCUAUACGGCGUCGAUGAACUUGUUCGAAUUCACCGAAUACCGGACAGAUAGAUGUACGUAAUGGCCGCCGCGUCCGCGCGCGCAUGCGCGCACUCCCGGCUAUCCGAUGCGAAGUACUGACAGUUGCAUGCGAUCGGCAUUAACAAACAGUUGCCACCCAACAUUACACACCACGUUUGUAGUGACAUAUCAGCGGACCGCCGCCGAAAAUGCAACGAUGCAUCGAAGAGUAAAGUAAAAAACGUAAACACGCAGAAGUGCAGGUGCAAAAGCAGCAAGUCUCGUUCGUAUUCCUAACCCCCACCCGAUUCCCCAAAACACCGCCAUUACCACAAACAAACCAAUGCAAAAAAAAGAUAAAACAGUAAUGCUUUCGAACGCGACAUUAUUUAAACAUUAACAAAGAACGCAUACUUACAACUUAAUUAUUAACUCUCUAUCUCUCUAUCUUUUAUUAUAUUAAUUAAUUAUCUUAACUUUAAGUCGUAUAUUACGGUACCCUCUAUUAUAUUCUCAUUCAUUGCGCAUAAUACAUUAAUUACCCAUAAACGAUAUUGUAUGUAUUAUUCAAUUGUUAUAAUUAAUGUCAUUUUCUUUGCUUAUUGUCCAGUGUCAUAAUGGUAAACAAACAAUUUGUGUGUAUUAAUUGUCAUUUUUAAUCUCUCUCUAUAAACGAAGAAACAAGAAAAAAACAAACAAGCAGCAGACAAGCGGCAGGUUUCAUGUUAUAAAAAUAUUAUGAAGAAAACUAAUUGACGUUAGUUGUUGUUAGUCAACUUAUAAAAGUAGGAAUAUGUUUUCAUUACGAGGCGUAACACAAGAUGGCGACCCCCCUACAAUGCUACAAACGCGCGCAAAACAACCAACAACAACAAAAAAAAAUGCAAGCAACAAUCAUAUUACGAUAGAUUACCUUCGGGAUGCGAUCAAUUUUACACCCCAUCACUGCUUUACACAACCAUACACAUAUUCUGUGACGAAAAAGCAUAGCGAGACGCGUUCACGUUUUUGGAACGCCAGUCGGUUUAUAGUAUUGUAGCGCAAACGUACAAUUUAUACAAAUUCUACAAAGAAGAUGCGCGCAUUUAUGUACAAGUACAACUUCCUCGGUUUAUAUACAGAAAUGGUGUCGGAUGAUGCGAAGGCGUGACGUUAAUUGUUGGCACUGGACACGAGCAAACAACUCUAUAUCUAGUAUGCAUGUUUAAUUGAACAUUUUGUAUAAAACGAAAAAUACUAAUAUAAAUUCAAAUCGGCAGUGUUUAUAUAUAUACAACAGAGAAAAUAAAAAACACAACACACGAGCGUUGGUAAACAACACGCGCAAAAAAAAAAAAACGAUGAAAUGAAACAAAUUGAGGAUUUAAAUUCUAAUGAAAACGAAAACAAUCGAAACUUAAAAAUUCCAACACAUUAUUAGAACUGUCCGCUUCGGCCGUGACGUAUAAAAACUGAUAUUGCACAUACGAAGAAAACGAAAUUUUAGAUGAAAACAAAAAAGUAACUAAUGCGGAGAUACCAGAGGAAAACAUUGUACAAUGACGAAAAUUCCAGACUAGUUGGUGUAAUGCAAUGCAAUAUUUGUACUUUUCCAUGUUGACAGAACUCAAUACAAUAAAUUAUAAAAACUUCAUUACCACUAAUAUCAAAUUA